UUGAGAUUGAGACGUUUAGCAGCAACGUUGUCGUCGUGGGGGCUGAGACUGCGUGGAGCAUAUAAAAACAGCGAGGACUACACAGAUUAAUUAUAACGAUUUCGAUCAGCAUCGUGUUCAGUUCUCCACUACAAAUCAACAGCUCUCAGACUUAGCAAUGAUGGGAAAAUUCAGCUAUCUGUUCUGCAUUUGCCUGGCGUUGACUGGCGCCGUUUGGGCCAUUGAGCUGCAGCCGGAGCCGGAUUAUGGACCAGUUGCCUACGAGUUCCACUGGGCUGUCAAUGAUCCACACACCGGCGACAUCAAGAGCCAGAAGGAGACACGCAAGGACGAUAAGGUCGAAGGUCAGUACACGCUGAUCGAUGCCGAUGGCUAUCAACGCAUUGUGGAUUACACCUCGGAUGCUCACAACGGUUUCAAUGCUGUCGUCCGCCGUGAGCCCACAGACAUUAAGAUUCCACUGCCGACCAUCGAGAAGAAACUGAUUGCCACCAAGAUUGUGGCCCCGGUGCUUCCUCUGGUUCACUACGCUCCCAAGGCCAUUCUGAAGACCCAGGAAGCACCCGAGGGCAACUACGUGUCGGUGUCGGGACCCACGGCUCAAUACAAAUACUAGAAAGCCAUCUCAGCAAACUGAUCAUCUCACAACAUCAUGAACUGAGCACAAGAACGAAGAGGAAGGAGAGAUAGGA